AUUUUGGCCAGCCCCUACAAUUCUCCACAAACACAGAGAGAGAAAAAAAGUGAACUUGUGACAGAGACACCUGUGGUCGUAUUAAGCCUCCAAAAUGGACACUACACUACCGAACUUUUUGACACUCGUCAGUUCCCAUGCGCCUUUUUAUACUUUCCUUCGAGCCAAACGCCUCCCACGAAUGCCACCAACCCAGACAAGCCCCAAUUUGAGUCACUCAAAAAUAUACACGCAUAAAGUUAAUGCACCAGUGAAUGCCAUUGUGUAGGCAUCACAAAACAAACCUCAAAAAUCAGCAACCCAAGAAUGUAGGAACCUUAAUUUUCACAAAUCCCCAGGUGGGUAUCUCAAAGAUUGCUGCUUUCUUCUUGUUUUUCGUUUUUCUCCAUCUGGGUAGGUCCAAAAUUGAAGUAUGGAGGGUGAGAAAUACGCUAAGGAGCUGGAUGUGGCCGUCAGAGUCGUUCACAUGGCGUGUUCUCUGUGUCAGAGACUGCAACAGGGGAUUGUUUCAGCUGGCAGUGACCUGGUUAAGUCCAAGGAAGACGAUUCUCCUGUGACUGUUGCCGAUUGGAGUGUGCAAGCUACUGUUAGCUGGAUACUGUCUGAAUUCUUUGGGAGUCAAAAUGUAUCCAUUAUUGCUGAAGAGGAUGUACAAACUCUCUCUAAGGCUGACUCAGCAAGUUUGCUAGAAGCUGUUGUGAACACUGUGAAUGAAUGCCUAGCUGGAGCACCCAAGUAUGGUCUUAAAAGUCCACCAAAAGCCCUCAACACGUCUCAAGUUCUUGAGGCUAUCAGCCGAUGCAACUCAGUAGGAGGCCCCAAAGGAAGACAUUGGGUACUUGAUCCUGUUGAUGGAACAUUAGGGUUUGUUCGUGGGGAUCAAUAUGCUGUAGCUCUAGCCUUGGUCGAGGAUGGAAAAGUUGUUAUUGGAGUACUAGGGUGCCCUAAUUACCCAAUGAAGAAGGAAUUGCUCAGUUAUCAUUAUCAGUACCAUGAAACCAUGUCAAGGCUAUCUCCACCUUCUGAUGAUAUGUGGGAAAGAGGUUGUGUCAUGUAUGCGAAAAGAGGCAGUGGUGAGGCAUGGAUGCAGCCACCAAUCCCUGGAGAUAAGAAGUUUGUGUGGCCAAAUUCUGCAAGACUUGUUCGUGUUUCUUCCAUCGAUGACCCCAAACUGGCUACUUGUUGUGAACCUGUGGAGAAAGCAAACUCAGACCACUCUUUCACAGCAGGACUUGCUCACAGUGUAGGGCUUAGAAAUCAGCCCCUGCGUGUGUAUAGCAUGGUGAAAUAUGCAGCCAUAGCUCGAGGAGAUGCUGAGCUAUUCAUGAAGUUUGCAAGGACUGGGUACAAAGAGAAGAUAUGGGAUCAUGCUGCUGGUGUUGUCAUUGUAGAAGAGGCUGGAGGUGUCGUAACUGAUGCUGGAGGCCGCCCCCUGGACUUUUCAAAGGGACCGUACUUAGAAGGACUUGACAGAGGCAUAGUUGUUUGUUCUGGGGCCACACUGCAUGAGAAAAUCAUUGAUGCAGUGUAUGCCAGCUGGGAUUCUUCUAAUUUAUGAGGCUUUCUGUACCAUGCCAAUAGGCUGUUGUGGCAGUAAAUUUUACAUUUUUGGUGAGGGCAAGCGAAUUGCUGAGAAGGAUUCCCCAUGACAGCGUUGAUUUAGUUUGAAUCGUAAAGUCUCGGGUGGGAUGCGAUCCAUGCUAACGCCAAGACUAAGUUUACAGAAGGAAGUAUCUUGUUUGUUGAAGUGCUCAACUAAUUCGAGAAAAUCGGCAUUGUUGUAGUGCUGCCCAAUAGUCGAUAUUUAAGUAAGUUCUU